AUGAGGGUUGCUUUCGGAAAGUCGAGCUUGUUUAAGCCGAGCGCGCGCACUGACCUGCGCACGGACCACCACGGCUUCAUCCGAUUGGUCAAUUCGGUGGUCAGCUCGGCGAUUUUGGUGGUCAGGAUUUCUGAGUGCCCGAAAGAAACGCCCUUGCUUCGCCUGCCUCGGCUCGGAUGGCCGUUGCUAGGUUUAACGUCAACAAAGGUAGUCCCGGCAGUCAUGGGCCUCGGAUCAAGCUCAAGCAUCAAAUUACCACAGCCAACCCAGCCCAUCGCGCAAGCAUCCUGUGCUCCUACCAGAAAAAGACGGCCUCAAAAAAGCGGCCAGAAGGUCAACCGGCUGAUCGUCGACUUUUCCUUCGUUACUCCGUCAUGGCAUACACCUGAACAGCUUCCCAUAUGCAAACACACCUCGAUACGCGAUAUUUGUGCAACACAUCCCAUGGCGCCUUCUCCGCUGCACGCAGCCUUUCCCGAGCAUCGAAUACGCGAUCACGAAAGUCCAGCUUCGCGUCGAAGGUCGGGCAGUGGGUCUGGAACGAUUGGAUCUGGAUCGCAACGCACGCGUCGACUGCAGCUACGCAAUGCGGGCUUCCGUGCUGCUGCGGUGCCCACCAGGAAGGUGACACCCAAAGCCGUCACUUCCACAUCGACGACAUGCUCCACGACUUCCUCCUGCUCAAUGCUUGGCACACAGCAGUCCUCUGAUGCCGAAAAUGUCUCGCCUUCUGGAAGGAGGUCUGCAGACUCCCGCAGCAAACGCGUGUCUAGUGGUAUCUUGCAAGAGAUUGGGAAUAGCGCUGGCACUCGCACCGGCACUGGCACUAUCAGGCAGAAGAAACGUGUUUGUCCUCGCGUGACUUCUGGCAGCUUCGAUAGUCCCGACAGCAGCAAGCACGAUUCGGCUUUUGGCGGGAUAUUGGAUCUGUCACCGGAACUGUCAAGUGCUGUCCCGAAACCGAUUCGCACUGUUCGCACGAAACGCACACCCAUGUCAUUUCGCCGCUCAUUAAGUGCCGAGAAAAGGAAGUAUGUUGAUCAUCUGGAAUUGGAACUGCAGUCGGCGCAGGCGCAAUUGCAAGCCGCCACCUCGCCAACUGUCACCCGCGAGCAGAGUGCUGCAAUGCGUCAUUUGAAGGCAGAAAAUAACCGACUAUCUGAAGAUGUCGCCAAUUGGGAGGCCGAGUUUGACGAGCGCGUCCAAGAAAGAUUGCAGGCAUCUAAAGAUGCUGAAGACGCCUUGGAAGCAAAAGUACGGCUGUUGGAGGACGAGGUAGAGGAGAGAGCGUAUCGUGUGCACGAGCUCGAAAUCCAACUACAGUCAGCGAGAGACGGUCGGGAUUCUGUUGAAGCGGCAAAUGUGAACCUCGAGAAGAGGCUCGAAAUCAUGUCCGAACUACUUGCAGCCUCGCCAACGAAGAUCGAUCUUCAUGCACAAGUACCAGGUAGGCCGAGACCGCCCCGACCACAGUCCAUGGUACAACCACGCUUCCCAACAGCAGGAUUUCUGAUGUCUCCAGAGCGACCGUCACAGACACGGCCACCUUCACCCUCGCCGUCUUUGACCAGGUUUAGUCCAGGAGUACCAGUCUCGCCCAUAAAUCUAAGCUUCUCUCCAGAUGUCGCGUCCUCAGACGAGGGGUCGAAGAUUACGGAGGCAUCUGCUUCUUCAGCCACCGCCAGUGCAUCCAUCCAGCAAAAGAAGCCUACGCGCCGAAUGAGGCGAUUCGGUGCUGGUAGCAUAGGACCGAAACCUUUGAUUCUGCCGUCUACUUCCCACCGCGAGCAGAUUCCCGCAUCUGCCUCAGCUCUCGACAAUGAUGAGAAUCCCUUCUCCUCACGAAAUUGGUCUUCGUCGUACUCCCCGCGAAGCCGCAGCACUUCGCCAUACAGCCGACGUCGGUCUUCUAGCGAGAUGAAUGGACCGAGACUUGGCAGCUCACCUUUUCCAGACUUUCAAAGCGUGCUUGAUGCGCAGGUCCUAGACGGUGCUGCUUUCCAGACCACGACCCAAGAAGUGAACUCGCCUCACGAAGUGCAGGUACCAAUCGAGGAAGAUUUCUUCGAUGACGAUGCCCUUCUUGAUGGCACUCUCGACAUGUAUCCGGUAUCUGGCGGAUCCAACGCGACAACUCGCAAUUUCGAUUCAUUAGGCUCGGCAGUAGGCGCUGCAGUUGGCAGAAAUCUCAUGGAAGAACUUACUGCCGUGCGGAAUGCCUCGUCGGGCUUCGAACAAUCCACAUCGUCGCCCGUGGGAGAUUCCAGCGAAGAUGCAAAGACUGUGCUACACUCAAGUCCAUUUGUAUCGGGCGCAGAGGAGGGACCACAAGACCACACGGCAUUAUCUGCCAACGAUGGCACGCAUGCCACCCCAUCACGAUUCGUAUCGGGCUCAUCGACGGCUGUCGCCACUGCGUCAAAUACCGGACCACCCUCCAAAUUACUGAGUCGCGCCAGUAGUAAUUCUUUAGGCGUGCACUCCAUUGGCUCACUUUCAACAUUGGACUCUCUUCGGCACUUCUUUGGAGACAUGUUUGACUCUCCUGUCGCAUUGGCUAAGCACCUGAUCGAGGCGGCUCAGAGACGAAUGUGGAUACCCAGGCCUCUACUUAAUAUUCAAUGGUGGCUUGUGGGCGUGCUGCUAGGGCCGAUGGCUAAGAAGAGACUGCUUGCCAAGCCUGCAUGUUGUCGUGAGGCGGAGUCUGAGCAAAGCCUUCUCGACGACUCUUCGUCGGCCGAAUUAUCAGACAUGGCGUUUGGCUCGCCAUACCAGACUCCGCCAACCUCCUCACCAGUCAACGCGAGCUUCCGUCAUCGUAGCUUAAUCUCAGGUAAGGGAAAGAAGCGCACAGCCAGCAUAUCUAAGAGUAUUUCCGGCCGAGCUAAGCGCUGUGCGCACCAUGCGAAUCGAUAUAAGCAUUCACCCUGGCUAUGGCUGAAGUUUAGCAUGACAUUAGCCAUUGCUGUUGGCGUCGCGUUCAAAGACGGGCCUAGCACGCUGCUCAAGGACGCAUUUUGUGAGUGCAAGCGCACAGCCAGCGGGAACUGGAGACACGCCAUGACCAAGAGAAAUGUUCGAAGAGUAUUGUUUGUGAGGAUAAUGCGUACACGACAGAGAUGUAGGAUACGACGAAUACGAAUUAUGAGUACAACCCAACCGAACCACCCUCUUUCCUUCCUUAGUCCCAUCGUGUCAUUUCUUCUUCAGGUCCCAACGAGGAUUAGGUAUUGCAUGGCGAAGGAGCUGUUCGAUUUUCACGACUGA